GUGAAAGGACUCAGCUUUGCAUUUAUUAUCUAAUCUUCCAAACACACAAACAAAAACAAAAACAAAAAAAAGAUCUUCUUCUUCGUUCCCUUCUGUUCUGUUCUGUUCCUAGGGUUUCUUGGAUUCCACUCCGUGAAAUUCGUUUGAUUAAACCCAAAAUCAUUUAAAUUUUGAAUCUUUAUCUUCUGGGUUCACUGAAAGUCUCCGUCUUUAGAGAGGUCUCACUCACCUUCUUGAUCUGUUCAAUUCUUAUGGGUCUUUCCUCCUUUUGCUGCUAAAUCUCCAGAAAAGAUUAUGCAUUUCCCUCUGUGGAAGCAAAUCCACCACUGCGCUGCUCUCAUCUUAGACAAGAGCAAGAGCAGGAGGAGACAUGACUCCUCCUCCUCCUCCUCCUCCUCCAUGCUUCGAAAGCUCUACGAAGACAAGCUCAGGGAAGCUCUCGAGGACGCCUCCGAGAACGGUUCCCUCCACAAAUCUCAAGACAUCGACCAAGAAGACGAGAGCUUGGGCCGGUCUAGAUCCCUAGCCAGACUCCACGCUCAGCGCGAGUUCCUCCGCGCGACGGCCCUAGCCGCUGAGCGUGACUUCCAAUCAGAAGACGACAUCCCUCAGCUCCUCGAAGCGUUCAGCAAGUUCCUCACAAUGUACCCCAAGUACGAGACUUCAGAGAAAGUCGAUCAGUUGAGAUCUGACGAGUAUUCUCACUUGUCGGAUUCCAACUCCAAGGUAUGUCUUGAUUACUGCGGGUUCGGUUUGUUCUCUUAUCUCCAGACGCUUCAUUACUGGGACUCUUGCACGUUUAGUCUCUCUGAGAUCACAGCUAAUUUGAGUAACCACGCUCUUUACGGUGGAGCCGAGAGUGGAACUGUUGAACACGAUCUCAAGAGUAGGAUAAUGGAUUACCUCAACAUCCCUGAGAGUGAGUACGGUCUUGUCUUCACCGUUAGUAGAGGCUCAGCGUUUAGGCUGCUCGCUGAGUCUUACCCCUUUCAUACCAACAAGAGGCUUCUGACGAUGUUUGAUCACGAGAGCCAGUCUGUGAACUGGAUGGCUCAGACCGCUAGAGAGAAGGGAGCUAAGGCUUACAACGCGUGGUUUAAAUGGCCGACGUUGAAGCUCUGCUCGACUGAUUUGAAGAAGCGUUUGUCUCAUAAGAAGAGGAAGAAGAAGGACUCUGCGGUUGGGUUGUUUGUGUUUCCUGCGCAGUCUAGAGUUACUGGCUCUAAGUACUCUUACCAGUGGAUGGCUCUUGCUCAGCAGAACAACUGGCAUGUGCUGCUUGAUGCUGGCUCUUUAGGUCCUAAAGAUAUGGAUUCCCUCGGGUUAUCCUUGUUUCGACCGGAGUUUAUCAUCACUUCUUUCUAUAAAGUGUUUGGUCAUGAUCCUACAGGGUUUGGUUGUCUGUUGAUUAAGAAGUCAGUGAUGGGAAACCUCCAGAGCCAGUCUGGUAAAACAGGUUCAGGCAUAGUUAAGAUCACACCUCAGUAUCCGUUAUAUCUCAGUGAUUCAAUAGAUGGUUUGGACGGUUUGGUUGGUCUCGAAGAUGGUUAUAAACCUGGUGCUGCCACUAUGGAAGCUUCUCGUAAAGGAGCUCAGAUGCCGGCUUUCUCCGGCGCAUACACUUCAGCGCAAGUGAGAGAUGUGUUUGAGACAGAGCUUUUAGACGAUGGAGAUGGGACUAGCAGCACCAUUUUUGAAGAGAAUGAGAGCGUUUCGGUUGGAGGGUUGAUGAAGAGUCCAGCUUUUAGUGAAGAUGAGUCGUCAGACAACUCGUUUUGGAUCGAUUUGGGGCAUAGUCCGCUUGGCUCUGACCCUUUAAACCAUCAUAAAAUCGCCUCUCCGUUGCCGCCGUUCUGGUUUACAAGCAAACGGCAGUCGCCUAGACCAGUGGCAAAGAGUCCUAUGUAUGAUGGUAAAGAUGUCCUCUCGUUUGAUGCUGCGGUUAUGUCGGUUUCAACGCCGUCACGGAACCUGAGGAACUCGAGUAGUCUCCUGACGCAAGAGAUACAGGAAGAAGAGCAAUGUGGGUUUGGAACAAAUGGGUCAAGCUCCAAGAUCUGCUCUGAUAUGAAGGAGAAUGCUAUUAGACGAGAGACUGAAGGAGAGUUUAGGUUACUGGGAAGAAGAGGGAGGCUUGAAGAUGAACAGCCAAGCAGAGGAACAAGAGUUUCGUUUAACAUAGACCGUGUGAGUCAUAGUCUGGACCAAGGGGAAGCUUCUCUAGCAAGUGUGUAUAACGAAGAAAGCGAUGGUGAGAAUCCGAAUGAAGAUGAUUGGGAGAGAAGGGAGCCAGAGAUUGUUUGCAGCCAUAUCGAUCAUGUGAAUAUGUUAGGUCUUAGUAAAACCACAACUAGACUCAGGUUCCUUAUAAACUGGCUUGUGAUCUCUUUGCUGCAACUCAAGAUGCCUGAAACAGGCAGUCUUGUGCAGAUAUAUGGGCCAAAGAUAAAGUACGAGAGAGGAGCAGCGGUUGCUUUCAACGUGAAAGACAAGAGCAAAGGGUUUGUGAGUCCAGAGGUUGUUUUAAAACUUGCUGAGAGAGAAGGUGUGUGUCUUGGUAUUGGGAUCUUGAGUCACAUACGGAUGAUGGAUGUCCCGAGAAAUCAUCAUCGCGGGGGAGAUAGCUCUUUGCAUCUGCAGAGAGAAGCUGGUGGUAAGCGAGGAGGAGGAGGAGGAGGGUAUGUGAGAUUUGAGGUUGUGACAGCUUCUCUGAGUUUUUUGACGAACUUUGAAGAUGUUUAUAAGUUAUGGGCUUUUGUGGCAAAGUUCUUGAACCCUGGUUUCAGCAGAGAAGGCACGCUUCCGACUGUAGUUGAAGAUGAAGAAGCUGAAGAGUCAGAGACGUGAUGGUGGAGAAACAAAGGCAGAAAACUUUUUGGAUAUGACUCGGAAGAGGCUGCUGCAUCGUAGAGAUGGGUCGUGUGCUUCUGGAAAAUGCAAGUGAGAGAUGUGGGUUGAGAUUUGCUGCUAUAUAGUGUUUUUUUAAUGCGUUUUGAUGUGUUUUAUCAGUUUGUGAGAUAGGGAGGGAACAAUUCUUGUAAUCUGGAAAGCAGAACAGUGUUUGGCCAAAAGAUUUUCACGUUUAGAUUAAAAGCACGUUUAGA